CUGUAAAAGCUGGUCUAAAACUAGAUUAAAACCACAAGUAAACUGAUUGAGAAACGUCUCUUAACACGUGACUGUUGAUUUGUCAAGCGAUGGCGCUAGAGAAGCGCGCUAAUUCUGCCCUGUGACGUAAUUGAAUGGAAGUUCUUCUUCAGAUUUACUCUCAGAAAUAUUUGUGCGUCCUGCAAAGAAUUCAUGUAGCUAAUAUUCCAGUUUAAAUUGAAUGUCCGUUUUAGUCAGUCGGUAUUUAUUAUUAAAACGAAAUCAGUAGGUGUUUUUUUUUUAGCGUUUUGUGUCGUUGAAAACGUACAGGCGAGUUAUUCACAAUUUUGUUAUUAGGGCCUUUUCGGCACUCAUUUUUUUCGUGAAGAACAUACGCUCGCUGAAAACGGGAUGAAAACAGAGGUGUCAGUCGCUGCUACAUUCAUCAGCGGUUUACUGAGCAGCAGCGUCUCUCUCACUGGAGAUCAGCUGCAGCUCUUCACUCACACACUCACUGACGCGCUACUAGAGCACUAUCGGCACCAUUGGUUUCCUCAUGCUCCCUGCAGAGGCUCUGGCUACAGAUGUUUACGGAUCAACCAUAAAAUGGACCCUCUCAUAGGAAAAGCAGCCUCUGCUGUUGGACUUACACAAGAGCAGCUUUUCUCAUCACUUCCAAUAGAGCUGACCCUGUGGGUGGACCCUUCCGAGGUGUCCUAUCGGAUUGGUGAGGAUGGAUCCAUCUGUUCUCUCUACAAGUCCUUAGUGAUAGGGCCUAAAAGUGCCUCCUCAGCAGAUACAUCAGCCCACAGGAAGGAGAAACUGAAAACCAGAUGAUUGAAUUGAUUAAAAGGGUUCAACAAAAUGGAAGGGUCUCUGUUUUGAGAGAUUUUGAAACCCUCUCUCUAUGUAAAUUCUGCACUUGUUUAAAACAUUAAAGGAGUAACUGAAUGUGCAACAUAAA